UCUCCAAUCUCAAAUCCAUGGAGGCUGCUCUCCAAUCAAACCCUAACCUUCCUCCUCCAAUCGAAUCCCUAGAUCCUCACCCUCCUCAUUCCGAUUUCAAUCCUCCUCCCCCUGCAGAAGCCCUAGCCUCAGAUUCCAAUGGCCCGUCUCAACCAGCGCCCACUGAAACCCUAGCAUCCUAUGCUCGAGACCCCUCCACGAAUCCCAAUACCGCUACUGAGAACGGUAACUCGACUGACGCCUGCAAGGUGCUUGCUAUUAUGAAGCCGCUGCUGUCGGAAAACGGAUUGACCAACACCACUAGCGGCAACGAAAGGGAUGGCUCGGGCGGGGAGGAGGAGACGACCAGCAGGCGCCGUCGCCGCAGCCGGUGGGAUCCUCAGCCCGAGUCGGACAAUCAGAGUGGUGGUGGCGAGACGGGCAGUGGCACGAGGAAGAGGAAGUCGCGGUGGGCGGAUGAGGAGCCGAAGCAGGCGAUUCAGCUGCCGGAUUUCAUGGGAGGUAUUGAGUUUGAUCCAGAAAUUCAAGCUUUGAAUAGUAGGUUGCUUGAGAUUAGUCGAAUGCUGUCUUCGGGGUUGCCCUUAGAUGAUCGUCCCGAAGGGGCUAGGUCUCCUUCGCCGGAACCUAUAUAUGAUAACAUGGGAAUUAGGAUUAAUACUAGAGAGUUCCGUGCCCGUGAGAGGUUGAACAAAGAGAGACAGGAAAUUAUUGCCCAGAUUAUUAAGAGGAACCCAGCAUUUAAGCCCCCGGCUGAUUACAGGCCACCCAAGCUUCACAAGAAGCUUUACAUACCGAUGAAGGAAUAUCCCGGAUACAAUUUUAUCGGACUUAUCAUUGGGCCAAGGGGUAAUACCCAGAAGAGGAUGGAGAAAGAAACUGGUGCAAAAAUUGUCAUUAGGGGUAAAGGUUCGGUGAAAGAGGGUAGGUCACAACAGAAGAGGGAUUUGAAACCUGACCCUUCCGAGAACGAGGACUUGCAUGUUUUGGUUGAGGCCGACACACAAGACGCUCUUGAUGCUGCGGCUGGGAUGGUGGAGAAACUCUUGCAGCCUGUCGAUGAGGUGUUGAAUGAGCAUAAGAGGCAACAACUUAGGGAACUUGCGUCAUUGAAUGGGACAAUAAGGGAUGAGGAGUAUUGUAGGUUGUGUGGUGAGCCAGGGCACCGUCAGUAUGCUUGUCCAUCACGUACUUCGACCUUUAAGAGUGAUGUUCUUUGUAAGAUAUGUGGUGAUGGUGGGCAUCCAACCAUUGAUUGCCCAGUGAAGGGUACAACUGGGAAGAAAAUGGAUGAUGAGUAUCAGAACUUCUUGGCUGAGUUAGGGGGGACAGUUCCUGAAUCUGCAACUAAGCAGACCGCUACAUUAGCACUUGGCCCAGGCAACAGUACAUCAAGCAAUCCUCCUUGGGCUAACAGUACUGGCAGUGCUAGUGCAUCAUCACAUCCAGGCUUGGGAUCAAUUGGAGUCAAGCCAGUCAAGGACUAUGACGAGACAAACUUGUACAUUGGAUACUUGCCACCUACUUUUGACGAUGAUGGUUUGAUCCAAUUGUUUUCACCAUUUGGUGAUAUUGUGAUGGCCAAAGUUAUCAAGGACCGAGUUACUGGAGCAAGUAAAGGUUAUGGUUUUGUGAAGUACGGAGAUGUUCAAAUGGCUAAUAAUGCAAUUGCACGCAUGAAUGGUUAUCGCCUAGACCAGCGAACCAUUGCUGUCAGAGUUGCUGGCAAGCCUCCUCAGCCUGCUGCGCCUCCUGGACCUCCAGCAUCGGCACUGCCCACAUACGCGGUUCCCCAGCCUGUUGGUGCCUAUCCAUCCCAGCAGUUUACCGCAGGUGGUCCUCUUGGGAAUGCACCACCUACUAGCUACGCGGGUACUCCUGUUCCUUGGGGACCCCCUGUUCCUCCGCCUUAUGCUCCUUAUGCUCCACCUCCUCCACAUCCCCCUGGUUCAACCAUGUAUCCUCCUCCCAUGGCGGGUCAACAUAUGGCUCCUUAUGGUGCACGAUACCCUCCUCCACCUGGGGCACCACCUCAACCUGUGACUUCAAGUGAAGCACAACAGAGUUAUCCCCCUCCAGGGGUUCAAACUGAACACAACGUCUCUACCCAAUCUCUACAAUCUAAUAUGUAUGGAGGCUCCUCAGCACCAAUGCCACCAAACGGCCAACACACUUAUCCUGCUGCUUCGUAUGGUUACUCAUCGUACUACAAUGCAGUUCCACCACCUCCGCCUCCCCCCGCCCAUGUACCUGGAUCAACUGCAGACCAAUCUCAGAACAUUGGUAACGUUCCAUGGGCCACGAGUGCUCAGGUUCCCCCUCAUGCUUCUUCUGCGGAAAGGACAACUUAUGGUGCAGAUGCAGAGUAUGAGAAGUUCAUGGCAGAAACGAAAUGAUACCUCCAAGCUGAUAGGGCUGAUGUUUCUUGGAGCUCUUGUGAACCGAUUUCUUACCUCUUGCCAUGACUUUGUUGAAGUUUGGGACUCACAUCUUUAACCUUGCUGUAAUGUUAUGACCUUUGCAGAGACUUGGGCUGGAGCUUCCAUUGAUCGUUUCAUGUUGGAGAAGUCAUCUUUAAACAAUAUGAUUCAUAUUAUUUUGGGUGCUUAUGUUGGACGUAAUUUUGUUAUUUUUCUGGUUACUUUUCUCAUACAAAUUCUAGCUACUAAUUUCUUCCUUGUUCAAAUUUCGUCUGAACUUCCAUUAUUUGGUACUAAUGUUUUGUGAUGUUAUGUUGGGUUGCAUCACUAGUUUUGUUGCUUUGCCUAACGGUUUUCCCUCUCUAGUUUCUAUUGUAAUCCAAUUUUUACGUUAAGGACCCUAAUUUUUUCCGCC